AUGGAACCCGACUUCAUAACGCGGAAAUCCGUCUGUUUUGGCCAGCCGCUGCCCCCAAAUGUCGUUAUCCACGACAGUGACCCAAACUUCCGUCCAGGAAUGGAACGUCUGUAUCCUUCGAGCGUCGAGAGCAACAUCUUGGAAGAGUUGGUUAUCCUCAAGACUAAGCUGCGGCUGCUCAACAACGACGACUUCUGGUCCUACGUUUCCGAGCGCAUGGCCGAAAUUCUUGGAGCCCAACUCUCUUUCAUUGCCAAACGCAUAUUGGUCGACGAACAAGACUCGGCCAUUGAGAUGCCNCCNCUUGGAGAGCCAGGAUCCUGUCUGAUGGCAAGCGCUUGGUACUACAACGAUGGAAAAGGUGUGCAGGGCGUCGANAAAGGCUUCAAAUACCACGCGUACGGUUGUCCCUGUUCCUACAUGCGUCACGACAAGGUCUUUGUCAUUCCCGAAAAGGUCAGCGAAAUGUUCGCCAACAACCCAAACAAGUUACCCAUCUCUGCCGAAGCCUACAUCGGUAUUCCUCUCUUUGCUGACGGCAAGUGUUUUGCACACUUCGGUGUCAUUUGGUCUGUCGAGGGUGCCGCAAAGAGGAAACUCUCCUGGGCCUUGAUUGAAAUGUUCCUGCACGCUUUGGAAGAUCCCAUUCUGGAACGCUUGCUCCAAGGUUCCGAGUUCACGAACAAGCAAGCUGCCAACCGAGAUCUACCGCGUGUCAUUCCUCAUGAAGUCAUCACCGCCGCCCAAUCUCUGCAACCCUACGCAAAAAGCUUGUCUCACGAACUGAGAACACCGAUGCAAGGUGUGGUUGGCAUGCUUGAUGUCAUGUAUGCCACUGUCCAGGAAGCCGUAGAAGGUCAGACCAAUGAAGACGUUCGUAAAGUAUUCGAAACACUAAAGGAGAACAUUGAGACGGUUCAAGGUAACUUCCUCUACGCCUCUCUCCUAUAUUCUGUGCUGACUCUUCUAUANGAUAGCUCGCGUCGUGCCGUCGAGGCCGCUGACAAUGUCGUACACGCUUACGACAUGAACUUGGGCAUUCCUACAGGACCGCCUCUCAACGAAGACGCCCUGGACGAAUUUCCAGACUUCAGCCAUGCUUCUCAUCCCGAAAUCCUCGUUGCUGGAAGCGAUCUGCCCAUUUCGAGACCUAACAAGCGCCGCCGCGAGGAGCCCAAGAAUGAGCCGGAAGGAAGUCCAUCAAAAGUACAGGCCACUCUUGCCGCCCGCGCAGCAAAAGCUUCUCCUACAGAGGGCAUGAAGAUGGGCGUCCAAGAAGCCGAACAUCUUCCNCAAAACGCCGCUCACCACACAAUGCCCAUAAGUCCUCGACCUAUGAUUGCUCCUCUGCAAGGUGACCGCGCCAUCGCCCCUGGUGUUAGACACACGAAUCUGCGUCGGGUCCUGCAAUAUGUCGUCAACGAGGGCUUGAAGGUUGGAGGAAGACCGGAGUCAGCUAUUGCUCAAGAAACAUAUCUUGGCGAGAUCAUUGAAGUUUGCACACGAUCAGCAAAGGGUGAGCCCAGAACCAAACUUAUCGAGUGGUCCGUGGAUGCUGCCGUACCCGAAACAAUCCUCGCCGACGAGAAGGAUCUUGCCAAACUGAUAUCCUGCGUCUUUCUGAACGCUAUCAAAUUCACUGAGCAAGGAAACAUUUCUCUUUCGGCAAAGCUGAGCCCGAAAGCCCGAUACAUCGUCAUCAAGUGUACGGAUACAGGUCCUGGCAUUCCUGCAGCAUUCCUUCCACGCCUCUUCCAACCGUUUUCACAAGAAGACCCUUCUCUCACCCGUCAAAGCGAAGGUCUUGGUCUCGGCCUUCUGGUGGCUAAAGGUCUAGCGCGAAAGCUUGGAGGAGAUCUGUUCUGUAUUCGCGCAGAUACCACUGGACCCAAGCGGGGUUCUGAGUUUGAAAUGAGAAUNCCUCUUAGGGCUGGUGAUACCACCACUCGUCCCCCAUCGCCCUUUGGAACACCAUCACACAACAGAGUGCGCCAGUCAAACUCAAUCGAUUCAGACGGACGUCCUUCNCCCAUGCCCAACUUCGGCGGCUCACAUGCACGUACUCGAAGCGACAACUCGACCAAGGACUUGCCUUCUCCGACAGAGAAACCUGCUACCAGCGGAUCAUCGGCGGCACCUGCUGUCAGAAGUCCUCCAGCACUUAAGCACAGCCAAUCCUUCCCUAUGCCAUCAUUCCCACCCAAGCAACUAAGUACGAGUGGCCGCAAAUCAUCAGCAUCGAUCAACGGUAUCGAUCGCAACCUAGCUGCCAAGUACCCCCUAAAUUUUCUGGUCGCAGAGGACAACAAGAUCAACCGCAAGCUUCUUGUUAGUAUGCUCAACAAGUUUGGUUACAAGACAGUGAUCGAAGCAUAUGAUGGCGCCGAGGCUGUUAGACAGAUGUCGAAGAACCCUUCGGUUGACGUUGUGCUCAUGGACCUCUGGAUGCCCUUCAUGGACGGCUACGAAGCCACCGAGAAGAUUCUUGCCAUGAGCCAUGGCAAGAACGGCGCUUGCGGCGGUACACCGACUGUUCUGGCCGUGACAGCGGACGUCACCGAUGGUGCCCUUGAAAGAGCUGCCAAAGUCGGCAUGAAGGGGUUCAUGACCAAGCCAUUCAAGCUCAUGGACCUCCAACGUCUGAUUCUAGAAUACUGCGCUCGCAGUGGCAGCGAGGUCGACGGUGGAGAGUAA